AAACUCUCGAAAGAUUCCGGAAGGGAGGGACCUCACGACGGGAAGCAGCAGCAGCAGCAGCAAGCUAGUCAAGACUUCAGAUCAUUCCCUCUUGACCACGUUGUACAAUAUACGUUUUAAUUUCUGUCAUACAUUAUGUCUGUACUGUGUUAUAAUAAGGGAUGUGGACAACGUUAUGAUCCCGACAAGAAUUCAGAUGACGCAUGCACAUACCACCCCGGAGUGCCAGUGUUUCAUGAUGCAUUGAAGGGUUGGUCUUGCUGCAAGAGACGAACAACUGACUUUUCGGAUUUCCUCAGUAUUGCUGGUUGCACGAAUGGCCCUCAUAAUCAGGAGAAGCCCUCUGAGCCUGUUAAACCAGAAGUGAAGUCCUCUGUGGACAUGAGUGUGAAUGAUGUAAAGCCAAAGUUUAAUGAAUGCAUCACCCAAGCACCAAAACCUCUAGAGUCUAUUCAGCGACCAAGUCCAGAUGAGCCUUUCUCCAUUCUACAGCAGAAGAUCUCUCCUUCGCUCAAACAGGCUUUAGAAAAGCUUAAAUUAACUGAGGAAAAUGCACAGGAGAUAAAGGAGGAGGAUAGUGAUGAAAUUAAGAUAGGGACGUCCUGUAAGAAUGGAGGCUGCAGUAAGACGUUCAACGGACCAGACGGUGAUGAAGAGACAUGUUUGUAUCAUUCUGGUGUACCUAUCUUCCAUGAAGGGAUGAAAUAUUGGAGCUGCUGUAAGAGGAAAACCUCAGACUUCAACACGUUUCUGUCUCAGGAGGGCUGUACCCGAGGAAAGCAUCAGUGGAAGAAAAAAGAUACCGGAAAGAAGGUUGUGCCAUGCAGGUUUGAUUGGCACCAAACAGGAAGUCAGGUCAUCAUUUCCAUUUAUUCCAAAAAUUCAGUACCAGAGCUGAGCUUAGUGGAGGGGAACAGCACUGUGCUUAAAAUCCAUAUUAUAUUUGAAGGAGAGAAAGAAUUUGAACAACAGAUCAGUUUGUGGGGGGUUAUCGAUGCAAGUAAAAGUUUGGUGAACAUGAUGGCUACCAAAAUUGAGGUUGUGUUGAAGAAGGCAGAACCAAUGUCAUGGGCCCGACUAGAUCUUCCACCUGUAGCUCCACCAAAGGAAGAAGAAAAGGAAAAAGAUGACCGUGAGGAUGAAUGUGAUGAUUAAAUUAAGAGACCGUAAGAGAGCUACUAUUCUCCGAAUAGGACUGGGAAUCAUUUUCUCUGGUUCUAAGGUUUGAUACAUAAUAAAGCAUGAAUUUGUUAUAUAAAUUCUGAAAGCUCUUCAUGUUUGUCCAAGGUCAAACUAUAGAUUUAUUGUACAGGGCAUGUUUAGAGAGUUUUUCAAAGAAAGCUCUCAAAGAACCAAGUUACUGUUGAUACAAUAUUUUGAUUCAGACCAAAAUGUGUGCAGUCCUAGUAAAUGGAGCGUUUCACAUUCCACGGUUUUGUUUUUGCCAAUGCAAAUAGUCAUUGAAGCGGUGUUCAUUAAUUUGAGUUUAACCAGAGCAAGAGUUCAUAAUUGCGAAGAUGUCAAAGUGAAAGCACACAUUUUCUUGUGAAGUAUUACUUGCCAUUCAAAACAAGUGCUGUGAAACUGUUGCAAUUUACCAAUUUAAAAUCACUUGUGACAGACCAGGAUUUUCACAAGGGUUGAUUUUCUUGGGAAAAAGCAGAGCUGUAAAAUUCCUUCACAGCUUCUCCAGUAUCAAAAAAAAUAAAAAAAAUUUGAAUUUGUGCCAAGUACUAUGGAUGCCAAUGAGAACCAGAAACUCUUUGGUUACCCACAUUCAAAAUAUAUUUUAAAGGGGUCA